AUGAUAGGAUCCUUUCUUACCAGAGGACUUGUGAUGGUUCUUGGCUAUGCUUAUCCAGCUUACGAGUGCUACAAAACUGUUGAAAAGAACAAGCCAGAGAUUGAACAACUUCGUUUUUGGUGCCAGUAUUGGAUUUUGGUGGCUGUUUUGACUGUAUGUGAGAGAAUUGGCGAUGCUUUUGUUUCAUGGGUUCCAAUGUAUAGUGAAGCUAAGCUGCUCUUCAUUAUAUAUCUGUGGUUUCCUAAAACAAAGGGAACGACCUAUGUGUAUGAUUCCUUCUUUAGACCAUAUCUUGCAAAGCAUGAGAAUGAAAUUGAUAGGAACUUGCUGGAAUUAAGAACUAGGGCGGGUGACAUUGCAGUUGUGUAUUGGCAAAGAGCUGCAAGCUAUGGUCAGACGAGAAUAUUUGAUAUUUUGCAGUAUGUUGCUGCACAGUCGACACCAAGGCCUCGCCCUGCUCAGCCACAACAAGGUGUUAGGGCUCGUCAACCCCCUGCUGCUCGCCAACCCCCUCCAUCUCCAAAUCAACAACCAGCUGCUAAAACACAAUUGCAACCUGAAGAACUGCCAUCUCCCACUUCUAGUACUACUUCAAGUAAGGACCAAAGGGAGAUAGCCGAAGCAUUAGCUCCUUCAACAAAGCCUAAAGCCGCCCCCCAAGCAGCAGUUUCAAAUACUCAAAAAGUGACAGCAGCUGCAUCUGAAUCUGCUAGCCAAUCUGUCCCAGCUGAGGAGGUUGAACCAAUGCAGACUGAAGCAGUGGCAUCCUCUUCAUCGACUGAAGAUACAAACCCUCCCCCAAAAGAGACAGUCAUGGAGGAAAGCAUUCGGGUUACACGUGCAAGGUUGAGGAAAGCUCGUUCUGCAGGCCGCUGA